AAGACUAUUCUUGCGCUCUGAGCUCUGAGACGAAGAUACUCUUUGAGCCGAUCGCUGACGACGAUUUGCAUUCUUCAAACUUGUGAAAAUGGAUAAAGCUGCUGAGGAAGAAGAACUUGAACCUCUAUUCGACUACAGUCGAGUUCAGCCGAGUAAUAUAAUAUGCCUUGACGAUGACUCUUACGAAUCCCCCUUGCCGAAACGAAGGAAGUUUUCUGAAGCGUCUAUCAUUGUUGACAAGGGGACUAAGGGCCCCGACAUUGUAAAUAUUGUGGAUGAAGAUGAGGAGGAUUGGCUUCCACCUCCUCCCAAAGUUUCAGAUGCUGCUCGGAAGUUCGAAGAGGACUCGACUAUAAAGCAAUUGAGGUUAAAGAAGCAGGAGUUGGCAUCAUUUGCUCAAUCAGCUGAAGAUGUGUUGCGAGAAGUUGAAGAGUCAGCCCAAAGGGAUCUUAAAAGUUCACUGCAUUCUCCUCAGGAGACUGAAGUUGAAAAUGCAUCAAAACCUCAUGAUCAACGUGCAAAAAUCAUUAUUUCUAUCCAGGACAAGGAUGGACAGAAGCAGUUCCGUGUCUUCAAGGAUGAGAAGUUUGAAAAGAUCUUCAAAAUGUAUGCUGAGAAAAUUCAGCAUGACACAGCAAGCUUAGUAUUUUGCUUUGAUGGGGAUAAAGUUAGUCCAGCAGAAACUCCUGGUGGCCUAGGCAUGGAGGACGAUGACAUAAUUGAAGUGCUUACCAAGUCGAGAUAACCUAGUUUACAUCAUGAUGUUUCUGCUUCAGCUCUGGUUUCAACAUCGACAUCAAAAGCAAGUUCAACUUCAACAUCCUUCUUUCUAUCUUCAUAAUAUGGUAUGGAAAACCAAGUUUUGAGGAUCUGUUGCAGACUUUAUUGACUUUUCAAUAACUGACUUGUCUAUUGGGCCCCAACUAGUUGAUGAAUUUUGUAGUCAAACAUCCUCAUGCUAACUUUCCUGCACAAUGAUGCCAGAAGAAGAUGAGAAGUUUUGUACAAUUGAAGACAAUUAAUAAUCUCAUCUUGCCACUGUGUAUAUCCUGUCUUAUUGUAAACCUUUUGAAGACGUGCUAACAGGCGCAGACUUGGUUCUUGGAGUUUUUGCUUGAUGUAUAUAGAGGUGGUUAAUUAGUUACCAGACAUUUGUUUUGUUUGAAUGUACUUGUUUAUCACUAAUUAAAGGACACAAUCAAUAUACAAGGGGCAACAGAACUAAAUAUUUUCUAUUUUCUACAGUUGAAUUAGGCAUAUGAUGGGCUUACUCGAUGCUUCCAUGAGCUUGGUUUCUGCCUGCUUCUGAUUAUAAUCCAUUCAAUAACUGUCUGAGUAUUGACCUUUCAUACUAGUUUCUAAUCUUCCGAGUUGACAUGUGCUAGUUCUAUGGAGAACUUUUUAUUCUUGUGGAUGUCAUAUUUAGUGUGGCCAUAGAUUGGAGUCCUGUGUUAGCAUAUUUUUUUCAUGAAAAAAGAACAAAUUGUCUGCACAUUCAUGGAUGAACAGGAUUGCAAUUUUGUAUGGCUUAGUGUUAACAUAAACAUUUAUUUAUAUUGGAACUAGAAUUAUCAGGCAUUCUAACCACUAGAUAGAUAGGGAACUCCCUGGAUAAUUUUAUACAAAUGUCAU